AUGAAUACAGUGGGCCCUUAUCACAAUCGCCAAGAGACGUAUGCAUAUUUUUCAUUACCUUUUUGCGUAGGUACCAAAGUAACUAUUGGACACUACCACGAGACAUUAUCUGAAGCACUUCAGGGAGUUGAAUUAGAAUUCAGUGGACUUGAUAUAACAUUCGCGGAAAAUGUACCGGCCCAGCAAUUUUGUGCUAUAGAACUUACCGACCAAUCCUAUAAAGCGCUUGUGUAUGCUGUGAAAAACCAUUACUGGUAUCAAAUGUACAUCGAUGACUUACCGAUAUGGGGCACCGUAGGUGAGAUUGACGGUGACCACUACUACAUUUGGACUCACAAGAAGUUCGACAUUGGGUACAAUGGGAACAGAAUUCUAGAGGUAAACCUCACAGCUGAAAACAAGGAACGUCUUUCCCCCGACGCCAAAAUUCCAUUUACUUAUGAAGUUAAUUGGAAAAAAACCAACAUUAACUUUGAAGAUAGAUUUGACAAAUAUCUGGACCCUAACUUUUUCCAGCACAGAAUUCACUGGUUCAGUAUUUUUAACAGCUUUAUGAUGGUUAUAUUUUUGGUAGGUCUUGUUUCCAUGAUUCUAAUGAGGACACUUCGUAAAGAUUAUGCUAGGUAUUCUAAGGAUGACGAUCUUGAUGAUUUAGAAAAAGAUUUGGGAGAUGAGUAUGGUUGGAAACAAGUUCAUGGUGAUGUAUUUAGACCAGUACCUCAUUUGCCAGUAUUUUCAGCAUUGAUAGGGGCAGGAUAUCAAUUAACAAUAGUAACUUUGGCAGUAAUCAUAUUUACCAUUUUUGGUGAACUUUACACUGAAAGAGGAUCUUUAUUAUCCACUGCCAUUUUCAUCUAUGCUGCUACAUCACCUGUCAAUGGCUACUUUGGUGGAUCUCUCUAUGCUAGAAUGGGAGGUAAACUCUGGAUAAAACAGAUGCUACUGUCAGCUUUCUUACUGCCAGUUUUAGUCUGUGGCACAGCAUUCUUUAUUAAUUUUAUAGCAAUGUACUAUCAUGCAUCGCGAGCAAUCCCAUUUGGCAGUAUGAUGGCUGUUAUGUCCAUUUGUACUUUUGUAAUACUGCCUCUGACUUUAGUGGGAACUGUUCUGGGUAGGAACCUUGCUGGUCAGCCUGACUACCCUUGUCGCAUUAAUGCUGUUCCUAGGCCUAUCCCUGAAAAGAAAUGGUUCAUGGAGCCACUAAUCAUUAUUUUUGUUGGUGGUAUUUUACCAUUUGGUUCUAUAUUUAUCGAAAUGUAUUUCAUUUUCACUUCAUUUUGGGCAUACAAAAUAUACUAUGUAUAUGGUUUUAUGUUGCUGGUAUUCCUCAUAUUGAUGAUUGUGACUGUUUGUGUAACAAUUGUUUGUACUUACUUCCUUCUGAAUGCAGAAGACUACCGCUGGCAAUGGACCAGUUUUCUUUCUGCUGGUAGCACUGCUCUCUAUGUUUACCUAUAUUCCUUCUACUACUUUAUAUUUAAAACAAAAAUGUAUGGCCUGUUUCAAACUACUUUCUAUUUUGGGUACAUGGCAUUAUUCAGCUUAGCUCUUGGAAUUAUUUGUGGAACUGUUGGAUACAUGGGCACGAGUAUAUUUGUCAGGAAAAUCUAUUCCACUGUGAAAAUAGAUUGA